CUUCUCUUUCACUCUCUACCUUCGAACAUUCACCAGCAUGGGCCAACAGACAUGUCGGAUACAAUAGCACCCGCAGCAGGCAACCCCGAUGACGAGAGCCGUGUCCCAGACCGUCAAGGUACGCCGGAGCGGCCGCCUUAUUCCCCUGUCACGCCUGUCUUGUCGCACUUAACCCCAAUCCCCGAUGGCGCAGCCAUCAUCCCUCCGGGCCCCGAGCUCUCGCAAACGCAUCCAGGAAUCGCAUAUCAGAAUGGCAUGCACCCGAUCAAUAGGGUCUAUGAUGGUGUUCAGCACGAUAACUUCGCCAGAGUCCCCGUCCGGCCUGAGCCGUCACCUGUGCCCAUUUCGGAAAGUGACAAUCCAGACGUCAUUGCUCUACGCUCGGCGAUCUCCAUUCUGCAGGUGCAGAAACAGAGGGCUCUGAAUGAUAUCAAAGCGCUGGACCAAAUGAAAUCGGCGGCGGCGGCAGAUCCCGAGGGGUUUGCACAGGAGCUGAUUGCCGGUCGAUUGGCUCCACAGGACCAAAGGGAUUUCUUGGUAGACACAAGUCUGCCAGCCGAGGAGGAAGUAGAAGAGAGUGAUAGUAGCGGAAACGAAGAGGGUCGGAAUACAUCAAGCGCAAAAUCGUUGGACGAAAAAUUUGGAAAGAUUCCGACGCCGCAAAACGUCGUGCGCAUGCCGCCGAUCAACUGGGCCAAAUAUCACAUUGUCGGGGAGCCUCUAGAUCGGAUGCAUGAAGAGCAGCGGAACAGACCGCUUUCUGGGGAGCCGCGACAAGACCCAAAUCAACGAGCUCCGGAGCAUAUGAUAGCUGCUCCAUAUAGGCCGUUGACCGAUAAACUCGACAGCCCUGCGAAGUCGCGGUCUACGAAGAAAGAUAAAAAGGGUUGAUAAAGACCACACUAGUGAGCGAUUACUUUCUAACCAUACAGGAAUAGAGAUACCAGUAUAUGCGCUAUUCAGCUUGCACCCAGAGGUAGGAUACUCCAAAGCCUAUACUUCAGUAUAAUCAGCACACCGUCAUAAACAGCACUGAUGAGACAUGUCCCUUUCGAAGGGAAAAUAUGCAUGGCAUUCUUAUAUGUAUGCUGCUAAACGAUUCAUGUGCUCCGACGACUUGGGUUCUGUACGGUAUAUAUUGUCUAAAACACAUAGAUACAAG